AUGGGCGUGUCGCCCGCGGCCUAUAAGAGUCAGCUGGGCGCCCAACAACAGGCUUUAGGGUCGAAUAGUCCCGGCCGUCGCUGCAGGUGUUCCCCGGGCUUACCUCGCCGCCGCUGCCUCCCUGCUCCAGCAUCCCCGCCCCAGCCUAGGCCCAACCGCUCUCCUUGCCCUCGUCCCCCUUAUCACCCUCCCCCUCGGUUUUUGCCGUCGGGGCCCCGGGGCCGGGCGAAUGAUGCCGUCGAAGAGCGGGGCUGAGCGCCUAGACGGGGCGGCUGCGCAGGGAGGGACGGCUGCGGCCACGGCGGCCCCGGCUGGUGGCGGCCCCGACCCGGAGACCUCAUCAGCCUCUCCUGAACAACACCUGAGCAGGCUGACCUGGCCACAAGUGAAGCGGCUGGACGCGCUCCUGAGCGAGCCGAUUCCCAUCCACGGGCGGGGCAACUUCCCUACCUUGAGCGUGCAGCCCCGGCAGAUCGUGCAGGUAGUCCGCAGCAGCCUUGAGGAACAGGGACUUCGGGUACACAGUGUACGACUACAUGGGUCAGCUGCCAGCCAUGUGCUGCAUCCUGAGAGUGGCCUGGGCUAUAAGGACCUGGAUCUGGUAUUCCGGGUGGACCUGCACAGUGAGGCAUGCUUCCAGCUGACCAAGGCUGUGGCACUCGCCUGCCUGCUGGACUUCCUGCCAGCUGGUGUGAGCCGGGCCAAGAUCACACCAUUAACACUCAAGGAGGCCUAUGUGCAGAAGCUGGUGAAAGUGUGCACGGACACUGACCGCUGGAGCCUCAUCUCUCUGUCCAACAAGAGUGGCAAGAACGUGGAGCUCAAGUUUGUGGCCUCGGUGAGGCGCCAGUUCGAGUUCAGCGUCGACUCCUUCCAGAUCAUCCUGGACUCUCUGCUGCUUUUUGGCCAGUGCUCCUCUACGCCCAUGUCUGAGACCUUCCACCCAACGGUGACAGGUGAGAGCCUGUAUGGGGACUUCGCCGAGGCCCUGGAGCACCUGCAGCACCGUGUCAUCGCCACUCGCAGCCCCGAGGAGAUCCGAGGCGGUGGCCUCCUCAAGUACUGCCACCUCCUGGUGCGAGGCUUCCGGCCACGGCCCAGCACUGACGCUCGCGCCCUGCAGCGGUACAUGUGCUCCCGCUUCUUCAUCGACUUUCCCGACCUGGCAGAGCAGCAGCGCACUCUGGAGCGCUACCUGGAGGCCCACUUUGGUGAGGGUGAUGCCACUCGCCGAUAUGCCUGCCUGGUGACGCUGCACAGGGUGGUCAACGAGAGCACUGUGUGCCUCAUGAACCACGAACGCCGCCAGACACUGGACCUCAUUGCCACACUGGCGCUCCAGGCACUGGCUGAGCAGGGCCCGGCUGCCACUGCUGCUCUGGCCUGGUGCCCUGCAGGCACUGAUGGGCUUGUGCCAGCCACUGUCAGUUAUUACGUGACCCCCGUGCAGCCUCUGCUGGCUCGGGCCCACUCCUAUCCCACCUGGCUGCCCUGUAACUGACUCAGACUCCGGCUGGAAGGCACCAGGCCUCAUGGGGUGGGGUCACCAGGAGGGUGUGGAGGAUCCGACCAGAGACAGGCAGCCUGUGCCAGCUGGCCCAGCUCUGCUGCAGAAUUGGGCCUUCAUCCAAACACAUCAGACUUCCCCGAGUGAGGUUUCAGCGGGUUUAAGGCCAAGCUGGGCUCCUGGCAGGAGAGCCCUUUGGUCAUUGUGCCACCUUCGGACCAGCAUGGUUGUGAGGUACAGGAUUACUUUGAAAAAUAAGUGGCCUUCAGGAGAACAUCUAAUGCUGGGUGGUAGCCUCAAUGCCCUGCAUCUUCACUUCACUCCCACAGUGGCCUAGAAAGGGUCGUUUUGACUACAUCAACCCACAGGUACCCUAGCAGCCCCCAAAGCACUGGCUAAAAUAUAAAUGUGGCAGAGACUAUUCACUUUGGGUCUGACUAGACCACUGGCAGAGUACAGAGCUAAUCACUGGGAGAAGGAAAACAGGCAGUUCCCCGAGUUUGGGGAGGGAUGGGUUUACCUAUUCUCCUAAAACCCAUACCCUGAGCUGGGGAGCUUGCCUCCUGAGGGGUGGAGGUAUACAGGGAACAGGAGCCAAGCAGCCACGGUGAGAUCCAGUCUACACCCUUCCACGGUGUUGCUCCUUUCCCCUUGAGGUGUGAGGAGCUCUGGUGCCUGGGAGUGUGUCCUUCAGAGGGUGCUGGGUUCAAAUUUGUGACAGUCAAGUCCAGUACUCCUGCCUGACUGGCUUGGUUGUCAGACUUUCACAUUGGGGGGGGACCACAUUCCUACCACCUUUUCUGUUGUUCUAAAUUUGCUAUUUUGCACCACCUGUCAAUAAAGAUUCCCUACACCGAG